AUGGUGAAUCCCGAAGAUUCUUCCGGCUACUCCACAGGAUGCCCGGUGUGCUGCAAAGCCGACGAUUUGCUCCGUUGCUCAGGAUGCAAGGUCCUUCGUUACUGUGGUCGAGAUCACCAGACAGCGCACCGCCAAGCACACAAAUUUGCUUGCCGUGAAGUUAGAAUAGCCCGUGAUGACCUGGAAAAGGCAAAGCAAGCCCUGAUCAAUGAUCCGAACUUCAAAAACGACAACCCAUUUGUGAAUCAUGUUGGCUACUUUUGGAAGAUUGUCGAAACCCGACCCUAUAUGAUGGGACUGUCGAAGCUCGUCAAUGCCCUGCAGUCGAUCGAUCACAAGGAUUCUGUGCAGGCAGAACUAGACCUCUGCAUGGAGAUGCUGCGUCUCUGCCCAAGUGAUAAUAUGGGCGUUCGUUCUUCUGUUCCAGGUGUGAUGUUGCGUCUCGACAAGGACCAGGAGUGUUACGAUUUUGUGAAAUGGUGGGCAUUGGCAUCCAUAAACUAUGACUGGGAAGAUCACAGCCGGUAUUAUAAUAUCAAAAACGCGGAUGCUUUUGAAGCCAUCGACUUUAUGGGUGAUAAUCCUCUCGGGGAACUACCUCACUUUAUAUGUUUGAUGAUCUUGAAAAUUAAGCUUCUGUCGGAGCUGCUGAAAUUACAAGAAAUGGAGGUUACAAUCAAGCAAAUGCUGGGCGAAAAGCUCGGUGGUGGUAUCCAAAAUGUCCCAAUUCCCUCCGAAAUGUUCAGAAAGAUCGUCGAUGAUUACCCUGGCAUCAAAAUUCACAACUCAAUUAUUCGUUCACGGGAUGAUUUUAUGAAGGGCCAAGGCCUCAAAGACGCCGUAUGGGGACUGAAGGUACAGAUUGACGAACUCUACGAUAUCAUUGACAAGGCGAACAAGCAUUUUUGGCCUGCUAUGAAGGACGCCGAAAAGGCUCUUCUUACGCCUCCUUCCAAUAUGUUUGCAAAGGGAAAUGUGGAAGAGAUGAGACUGGCGUUGAAUACGACUUGGCUUACGUGGGUCUCAGUACCCGCAGCAAUUGACUUCGCUCAAAUGUUGAUUAAAAAGAAAGAAAAGGAUUCAACUCGUUAG